UAAAUAAAGUUGGAUUGGAAUAGAAAAAAAGCCGUUGCCAUGACACCGUCUUUUGUUUACAUGUAGCCGAGGGCUGGAUGCGUAGCUCGGCGUAGCUAACAGCUUUAACUUCUGGUCGUUGCUACGUUACUACCGACAUUUACGAGCCUGCCAGCCUAUUUCACGAUGCCACCCAAGACUAAAAGCAAAAAGGCAGCGAAGGUGAAGUCGUCUGCCGUGGUGGACGGCCUAUCGACGGAUGAGAUGUCCAAGGAUCAGCUGGAGGAGCACAUCAUCCGGCUCCGAGAGGAGCUGGACCGAGAGCGGGAGGAGAGGAGCUACUUCCAGCUGGAGAGGGACAAGAUCCAGGCAUUCUGGGAAAUCUCCAAGAGGAGCCUGGAGGAGACGCAGGCCGAGCUGAGGAACGGACAGCGGGAGAGAGACGAGGCCGAGGAGCGCCACCGAGUGGAGAUCACUGUGUACAAGCAGAAGCUGAAGCACGUCCUGUCCGAACACCACGACAACAUCUCGGGGCUGAAGAUGGACGCCGUGGCGUCGACCUCGCUGAUCCAGAACCAGCACACCGUGUCGGAGCUCGGGCUCCGGAGAGAAGUGCACGGCCUGCAGGCCGACUUCAGACACAACAAGGUCCACAACCAGAACUGCACCCAGGACCUCAAGCUGAAACACCAGGUGGAGUUAAUGGAGCUGGCCAACGACUACGAUAGAAGAAUCAGAGAAAUUGAGGUGAAGUAUUACAAGAAAAUGCAGUCGAUGAUCGACGCGGAGGGCAAGAAGCGGCGGGCCGAGGUCAACGAGAUCGAGGACCGGAUGAAAAGCCGCGUGGUGGCGCUGACAGAGGAGCACGACAGAGCGCUGCGAGGCGCUGAGGAGUACUACUCUGCUGUUCAAACCAAACUGCUGGCGGAUCAGAAGGUGCUCAAGGAGGAACUUGCGGAGGCGACGAAGCGCCAGGCGCGAGUGGACAGAGAGCUUUCGGCAGCCGAGCAGGAGAACAAACGUCUGAGCGAGUCUCUGCAGGACGUCCAGCGGAAGCUGCCCGAGCUCCGCAAACAGCUGGACGACUACAACCAGGCCAAGGCCAAGAUGGCGACGAGUAGAGCUCGAGUGAAGGUCGCUGAAAAGGAGCUGAGAGAUCUGACGGUGGAGCACGAGCUGCUGCUGCAGGCGUUUGAGAAGCUUCAGCAGGAGCGGGACGAUCUGCUGAAGAUGCAGACGGAGGCCAUCCUGGACGUGCAGCAGAAGUGCGGACUGAAGGAGUUGCUGCUGGAGAGGAAGUUGGCGGCGCUGACGGAAAUUGUGGAGAAGAAGGAGGCGCAGCUCUGCGCCGCGCUGUCGGCCUCCAACGUCGACCAAACUGCGGGCGGCAGCGCCGCAAACAAACUCGAGGAAAUACUGGCGUCUAAACGAGCGUCCAUCGACGCCUUGCAGAGCGACUUGGCUCGAGAUUGUAAGGAGUACGACGGGCUGCUGCAGAGCUGCCAGGAGAAGCUGAAGGCUUCGGGAGUCCCUCUGAACGACUUCUCCUUCCGGCCGUCGGAGCAGAUCCUCAGGGGACGGACCUCUCCGGGACCGGCCUCCGAACACUGAAACCCCUCCACGGGUU